AGGGUACAAGAAGUAGAAAAGUUGUACCGCCAGCACUACUCCGAGAGACGAGGAUUGAUUAUGAACUAACCGACCAUGCAUAACGAAUGUGCAGAAUAUAUAUCCCUCCAGACUCCAGCGGCAAGUUGAACCGGAAUUUUGAAAACUCGGUUUCACGCUACUGAGUUCAGAAACCCGACGACCGGGAGGGAGAGGGAGAGGAGCCAUGUUCAGUCGGCAUACAGAAUCCGUUUAUGAGGAUGUUUGAAUCGGAGUUUCUCUAAUGGAUCCUCCUUCUGCAUCUCCCUCUUCUUCUUCCUCGUUUAAAACUACUUCGUGGUUCUCCGGCUUUGUUUGCGGCCGCCCUGCUAAGCCUGGAAACCCUAACAUGAAUAACAACAAAACUUCAGGCGAUGUAGGUGGUUCUGUCAAGCGGAAGAAUCUACAAGGCAUUCUCUUUAAGUACGGCCCCAAGCCCGUACAGGUUGCAUUCAAAAUGGGUGAUUUCAAACGACAAGUCAUUUUCAUUGGCGGGCUAACUGAUGGUUUUCUAGCAACUGAGUACUUGGAACCUUUGUCACUUGCCCUGGAAAAAGAAAAAUGGUCCUUGGUACAGUUGUUGCUAUCAUCUUCUUACACCGGAUAUGGAACCUCCAGCUUGCAACAGGAUGCCAAAGAACUUGAUCAACUCAUUGGGCAUUUAAUCAAUAGUGAAGAUUCCGAGGGUGUGGUGUUACUUGGGCAUGGUACUGGCUGUCAGAAAAUUCAGGAUAUUGUGCAUUACAUGCAUACACAUGCUGCAUGCUCCAUUGCAGUCCAUGCAGCGAUAUUACAGGCUCCAGUCAGUGACCGGGAAUAUAGAGCAACUCUUCCUGAAACAGCUGCAAUGAUUCAAUUGGCUUCAAGAAUGAUAAAUGAAGGUCGAGGGAUGGAUUUAAUGCCGAGGGAAGCAAAUCCAGAUGCACCAAUAACUGCCUAUAGGUAUUACUCUCUCUGUGCAUAUUUGGGGGAUGAUGACAUGUUUAGUUCUGAUCUUAGUGAUGACCAACUUAAAAUGAGACUUGGGCACAUGUCAAACACACCUUGUCAGGUUAUUUUUUCUAUGACUGAUGAGUAUGUGCCAGAGUAUGUUGAUAAGGAAGCAUUAGUGGAAAGAUUGUGCAAUGCCAUGGGAGGGGCAGAGAAAGUUCAAGUUGAAUGGGGAAACCAUUCCUUGUCAAACAGAGUUGCAGAAACAGUACAGGCCAUAGUAGAUUUUAUCAGAAGGGAGGGGCCCAAUGGAUGGGAUGAUCCAUGGAGAUAAUAUAGCAUUCCCAUGUUGAUCUGAUACGCGUUCAUUUUUUUAACUGGCUAUCCAGCUGCCUUUAUCGUUAAUGUUUUCUGUUUUCUUCUCAGUUCUCCCAUCGAAGAUUGGGAGGAUUGCAAUCUCAUUUCCUGUAUUUUCUGUGAUUCGGCUAUAUGGAGUGGGCACAUUAUUUUAUUUGUUCUUGGAUAAACAUUCAUUCGGUGUAAUAAUUAGUGUUUCGAAGUUCAAUACUA